ACUCAACAGCGACAACUACAACUGAAAAGCUGGUGUUCAACUGAUGAACUUGAGAUUCCUCUUCACGUGAGGAAGCCAGCUGUACUCUGUUAACCCUGUUCCAAUCGUGAGGUGACUUCAGGCUCCUACAAUGGCUCGAAACAGUGAAAAAGCUAUGACCACUUUGGCUCGGUGGCGAGCAGCUCAGGCGGGAACGAAGGAGAGGGAAAGAAGGCCAUUUCUUGCAACAGAUUGCGAAGACCUACAUAAAGCAGAAAAAUGGAGGAGACAAAUCAUUGGAGAAGUUUCCAGGAAAGUUGCUCAAAUUCAAAAUGCUGGAUUGGGUGAAUUUCGACUUCGAGAUUUAAAUGAUGAAAUUAACAAGCUUCUUAGAGAGAAAGGUCAUUGGGAAGAUCGAAUAAAAGAACUUGGUGGACCUGAUUAUAGGAAAAUAGGACCAAGGAUGUUGGACCAUGAAGGAAAAGAAGUGCCUGGAAAUAAAGGAUACAAAUAUUUUGGAGCUGCCAAGGAACUACCUGGGGUAAAAGAACUAUUUGAACAAGAGCCUUUGUCUGCACCACGAAAGACAAGAGCAGAGCUCAUGAAGGACAUAGACGCAGAUUACUAUGGUUACCGGGAUGAAGAUGAUGGGGUAUUAGUGCCGUUAGAGCAGAAGCAGGAAAAACUUGCUGUGGAAGCAAAAGUUGCAGAGUGGAAAUCAAAAAAAGAGGCCAUUCUCAGGGGAGAGAGUUCCAAAGCUGAAGACGGGGAAGAGGAAGACAUUUACUUUGUUAAUGAAGAAUCUGAUGAUGAAGAAAAAGCUUUACCGAAGAAGGUAGAGGAGAAACCCCAACAUUUCAUUGCGCAUGUCCCGGUACCUUCACAGAAAGAGAUUGAGGAAGCAUUGGUACACCGUAAAAAGAUGGAGUUGUUGCAGCAAUAUGCAAGUGAAAGUUUACAGGCAGAAGCAUCUGAGGCAAAAACAUUACUAGGAUUAUGACCACUAUGCGUGUUCUUUAACAGAGACAUAUAUUCAUACCUGUAGCUGGCUCCUGAUCAAAUUCAGCUGGAUCAGCACCACACUGCUUCUAGGGGGAGGUAACUGGUAGUGCUUUGAGGCAAGAAAGGACCAUCAAUGAGGUUGUCUUCCAGUUCAGCAUUCUGCAGCUUUGGCCAAGGUUUGGAACUCGCACGCAGGUCAGUCUCAGUGAGGACAUUUGGGGAACCGACUUAUCAUACUUUGCUUCCAGUUAUUUGCGGAGCUGUGAUGUGCUAGUUUUGUUGGCAUCAGUGUAAAUUCAUUCGUUUUUGUGUCAAUUGGAGGGAAAAUCUUGAAGGAAUGAGACACUGUGAUGAACAUUUGUUGUCAGCUGCAGACUGCAUGGCGAAUCUACUCUCCAUCGCCUUCUAUUAUCAGAACUUACACUUGGCUUUUGUUUUAUCAACAUCCUAAGAAGGCCUACUCUGGUGAAU